UUCCAGAACGCCUUCACCUCCGUGAGCAGCUGCUCCCCGAGCCGGGCCAGCAUCCUGACCGGCCUACCCCAGCACCAGAACGGGAUGUACGGGCUGCACCAGGACGUGCAUCACUUCAACUCCUUCGACGGCGUGAGGAGCCUGCCCCAGCUGCUCAGCCACGCAGGCAUCCGGACAGGGAUAAUUGGGAAGAAGCACGUGGGGCCGGCGGCUGUGUACCCCUUCGACUUCGCCUACACAGAGGAGAACAGCUCAGUCCUGCAGGUGGGGAGAAACAUCACCCGGAUCAAGGAGCUUGUCCGGCGCUUCCUGCAGAGCCAGGACGAGAGGCCUUUCUUCCUCUAUGUUGCCUUCCACGACCCUCACCGCUGCGGGCACUCCCAGCCCCAGUAUGGGCCCUUUUGUGAGAAGUUUGGCAAUGGACAGAGCGGGAUGGGCUGGAUCCCUGACUGGAAGCCACAGAUUUACCAGCCAGAGCAAGUGCAGGUCCCUCCCUUUGUCCCAGACACGCCGGCUGCCCGGGAGGACCUGGCUGCCCAGUACACGACCAUCGGGCGCAUGGACCAAGGGAUCGGGCUGGUCCUGCAGGAGCUGCUCCACGCCGGUUUCCUCAACAGCACCCUGGUGAUCUACACC